UCAAUCAACUAUUCAGAAUAUUUUCAACAGUGUUCGCCCAGCUCGUGUUCAUAUUCAUAUCGUCAGAGAUUUGAUUGGUUCUAUACUGUUACUGUCUUACUUAGUUCGUUUGGUGGUUUGACAUUCAUUUUGAAGUGGUUGUGCCCUAAAAUUAUUCUUGUUCUCAAUCAAAUAUAUCAAUACUAUCGAAAGAAGAGAGGUACCGUUGAACAGAUAUCUGAGCAAUCAUUGGAGGAGAAUCCUAAUGGUGCUGAUGAAGUAUUGUCCAGUUCAAUAUCAUCGUUUAGCACGCAGUUCACUUCGAAAAUAUACUGUUGCAUUACUUUUGGAAUGAUUUUGUUCAUUGGUUUGAUAGUAGCAUUAAUAGUCGUAUCUAUUUAUUUAAACGGAAGGAUCAAUGGAAUCUCCACGACAUCGUUAGCUUUGUCGACAACUGUAGAACCAGCGGUUGCUACCACCAUAAUAUCUACAACAACGAUAUUCACAACAGAACCAUCCUGCCAAUUGACCUUUGACCGAUCAAAUUUAUGUUCAUUUAAUCCCACCUCUUUGCUUACUUCACUCACCGUCGAUGAUUUUAAUGGCGAUACUUAUUUAGAUCUUGCUUUUAUUGAUAAUAUAUUUGGUAAUCUCAAUGUAUUGAUUGGCAACAACAGUGGAGCUUUUGCAGCGCCAUUGAUAUAUAAAAUCACAACAACUGAUUCACCGUGGGGAAUCGUUUCGGACGACUUUGACAACGAUGGUAGGAAGGAUCUUGCUGUGGCAAAUUACGGUUCUAGCACUGUAGAUGUUUUCAUGGGUAAUGGUAAUGGCACUUUCCUAACCCAACGAAAGUUUCCGAUUGGACUUGUGAUGCUCCCGAUGGCGAUUAUAGCUGCUGACUUUAAUAGUGACACUCAUAUAGAUCUUAUUGUGUAUGGCGCCGACGCAGGUAUUAUGCUUGGCAGAGGUGAUGGUACUUUUAGUACCGCUGUGAGUCUUUACGAUGAUGACGGUGCUCAACCGAAUUUUCUUACUUGUGCUGAUAUAAACGAUGAUAAUUAUCUAGAUCUUUUCAUCAUUGAAAUGAACCUUGAUGGGAUACUAAUACUGAUUAAUAAUGGUCAUGGAUAUUGUAAAUUGUGGCAAACUUUGAGUUUGGUGGCCUUUUCUGGAUCGACUUCAUUAUCAGUAGCUGAUUUUAAUAAUGACGAUCUAUUGGAUAUAGCCAUUACGAAUUCGAAUAAAGCUAACAUAGGCAUUUUUAUUCAGCAGAACAAUGGUACGUUUGGACAGCAAACAAUAUAUUCAACAGGAAUAUAUAGUAAUCCACAUUCAGUUGUUGGUGCCGAUUUUAACCAUGAUGGCCAAAUUGAUCUUGUUGUGAGUCUCUUUUACAAGAGUCAAGUGGGUGUUUGGUCAGGAGUUGGCGAUGGUACAUUCUUAUCACCGACGAUGUAUUCGACGGGUCCUAGCAGCUCUCCGAAUGGAAUAAUUACAGGUGAUUUAAAUAAUGACAACCGAUUGGAUUUUAUUGUAUUAGAUCACACAUAUCCCAACAUGACUAUUUUUCUCAAUUCAUGCGCGUGUUGCUUAAAAGAGCCUCCGAAAUGA